UGAGUUUUGUUAUUAAUAAUAAUUAUUAUUAUUUUCUCAUCUCUAAUCAACAGAAAAAUGAAGACUUUGCUGGUGCCUCUUGUUCUUGUUCUGGUGUUGAACUAUGGAUCUGCACUGAAAUGCCACCACUGCGUUCCUCAGUCUGGAACACGCUGCAUGCCAUCUCAAGAGACCUGUGGCGUUGGAAAAGAUGCCUGUAUAGCGGCCAGAUUCAACUUCCCUCCCUUCAUGGGCUUUCGGAGAUGCAGCAGUAAGACAGAGUGUGCUGUUCUCCAGAACAACACCGCCAUGAAGACUAAAUGCUGCCAGUCGGACCUCUGCAAUAACGUGAUCAUCAUGUAGACUGAGUUCUGUCAACUCAACAUUAAACUGCUAAUAAACCUUUUAUGUUUACAAUACAGUUCAAGAGGCUUCACCACCAGCUCUCU